AUGGAGACGGAGCAGACUGUCGAAACGGAACAGAAGGGGUGGCCAGCUGGGACGAGACCGCUCUUUAGUGAGAUUCUUAAACAGGACCAAUGGUACGUAGAAGACUCUGAUACCGAGGACGUAGAGCAACGUGAGAAAGAAGAAGAUGACUUCGUAGAUGAGGAGGCUGAGGAUCCAAAGUGCCCUACAAUAUGCUUUACCGCUACUGAGAAAGCUAAAUGGAGGCGGGAAUGGCGAUCGGCUUUGGUUGUCAAAGGGCUAGGGAGAAGAGUAGCAUAUGUACCACUUGCGAAACGUCUGAACUACCUGUGGGGACGGCAUGGGGAGCUCCAAAUCUCGGAUAUGGAAAACGGCUGUUACUUAGUUCGAUUUCGAAACCAGAAGGAUUAUGAUAUUGCGACGAUGGGGGGACCUUGGCUAUUAGGUGACACGUACUUGACAGUUCACAGGUGGUUCAAGGGAUUUAAUCCAUGGAAAUCAACCGUGACAUCAACAAUGGUCUGGGUUCAACUACCGGAGUUACCCAUUGAAUUCAUUAACAAAGAGGCUGUAUUGCGUAUAGCGGAGGCCAUUGGACGACCGAUAAGGGUGGAUAGGGCUACGGAGCUCGGGGCUAGAGGGAAAUAUGGUAGAGUCUGUGUGGAAGUAGAUCUGACAAGACCCCUCCUAUCACAGUACAAGAUUGAGGGGAUAACCUAUCUUAUACAAUAUGAGGGGCUCGAAAAGGUGUGCACAAACUGUGGGAAGUAUGGAAAAUCAACGGUUGACUGCCAAUGCUUGGAGAGAAUGAACGAGAGCUCCGAUGAGGGUGGAGAGGGGGUUAGGGAGGCUAGUACAGACCCAACGAAGGGGAGGACCUAUGGGGAGUGGAUGGUAGUGAAGAAGAAGGAAUGGAAGUCGGGACGCAGGGAAGGAACGGUGUCUCGCAACAUACAAACAACCGACAAGACAAACCGCUUCCAUGCACUCCAUGAAGUCCCUAGCGAUGUUAAUAUUAAUGAUGAAAUGGGUGAAGUAACUGAUCGUGAGAAUGGAAUGGAAAAAAUGACUAAAAGAGGAGAGGAGCUGUUGACUAAGGUGACACAAGGCGGGAAGGAGAAUAUAGGCGACAAACAAGUUGAGGGGGGGAGCAAAGAAGAGGAAGGGGCGAAGACCCAGAAGGAGAGCAGUGGUAUGAAGAAGAGUAAUAAAGAAGAACAACAAAGAGGGGAGGGCAGAACCAUGAAUCCCACAGGCGAGGUCUCACAAAAUGUGGUGGGAGGUAGGAAGGAGCUGGGGAAAUCAAGGGAGACAUCCGGGAAGAUUGUAAAUUCAGGGAAGAGCCCGGGGGUGGUUGCUGGAGGGAAGAAGAACGUAACAGGGCCUAAGAUGUCGACAAAUGCUGAGGGUGCGGGGAACCGAUCCCCUUCAGUUCCCAAAUGA